CGGGGCGGGGCGGGGCGGGAACGAAGAUGGCGGCGGAGCUGGAGCGGGUGCGCGUCUCGGCGGCGGAGCUGAGGGGGAGCCUGGCGGCGUUGGGGAGGGCCCCGGGGGGCGGGGGCCGAGAGAACAUGAAGGAACUGAAGGAGCCCAGGCAUCGUAAAGAUAACCGGCGUCCAGACCUUGAAAUUUACAAGCCUGGCCUCUCCCGGCUUAGGAACAAACACACACUAUUAAAACAGGAAGCCUCAGCGUAUGAAGGGACCGGAUCUGAGGAAUCCAAGGAUGAAACUGCUAGUGACAAAGAUCCUGCUGUUACUGGAGGGAGAUCUCCGGUCACUGGAGAUCUCAGCAAAGGUGACAGCCAGAAGCAGAAUGGUCCCUCCCAGGGAAAUGGAGAGAUGGAAAGUAAAGCUGUUUUUCAGAGCCAAGAGAAUUCGGAUAAACACUCUGUCCCAGAUGACUGGUGUCCCAGGAUCAUCAGGAGAACCAAGAAGCCAGACCAGCAGAUCUAUCAGCCUGGGAAACGCCUGCAGACUGUUGCCAAGGAGGCAGCCAGCCAGCCAGCCAAUGAUAAAAUCGUCAGUAAGAUGGAGCAGCUGAGAGUUGAAGGAGAUGAAGAGACUGAAAGGGACAUUGGGAAAGGCAGCAACAGCAGCAGGACUAAACUGAACAAAGAGGAGAGGGAGGGAAGCCUGACUAGUGAGGUAGUGAAAACCACAAGGGGAGAAAAAGGAAGGCGGGUAGAGCGGGCUGACAGGGUCAGGAAAUCAAGUGAUGACUUGAUCACUGAGAAGCUGGGAUCUACAAAGCGAUACUCCCGCUCUGACAAACGGAGGAGCCGAUACCGCACCUGUAGCACAAGCUCAGCAGGGAGCAACAACAGCACAGAUGGAGCCCCACUGGCUGAUGGGGCAAAGAAGCGACAGGAGCGGGCCAAAGAGAGAAGCCGUCCUAAAAAACAGCUCUCUGCUUCCUCCACUGACUCUCUAGAAGAUGACAAAAUUGGGGAGACAGAAGCAUAUGGCUCCAGCAGAAAUUCAGAGAGAAAGCACCUGGAGCAGAGCCGAGCUUCUAAAAGUGAGAGUGAGUGGAGCAGCAAUGGGAAGGAGGUCAAGGGAGCCCUGCACGUCACCUUUGACAACAAGACCAUGAACAGAGACAUUUGUGUGGUGCAGACGGACAAGAAAAAGCCUCCCAAGUCUUUUAAUGUAAGUGACUCCAUAGAGGCUGUGGAGGUGAAGGGCAGGGAGCCUCAAGGGAGAGGCCGUGGGAUUCUCAUCCUGCCUGCCAACACAGACCUCUCUGCCAGUGCUGCAGGCUCUCCCGAAUCUACUCAGUCUGGGCCCAGGCUCCUGCUUGGUAGUGGUGGCAACAAGGGGUCCAGAGGCAGGAGCCGUGGAGGCAUCAUGCGCAGGUUGUGGGAUCCAAACAACCCGGACCAGAAACCUGCUCUGAAGAGCCAGACCUCACAGCUUCAUUUUCUAGAUACUGACGAUGAAGUGAGCCCCACUUCCUGGGGGGAUGCACGCCAGUCCCAGGCCUCCUACUACAAAUUUCAGAACUCUGACAACCCCUAUUAUUAUCCCAGUCCAAAAAGCCAAGGUACUCAGUAUCCCUAUGGAGGAUACUCUUUGCAAUAUCAGAUGGGCCCCAAUAACAGUGUUUACCCAGGAGCUUACUACCCCGGAUAUCCAGGCCAGUCAGGGCAGUAUAUCUGCAGCCCCCUCCCCUCUACCCCUUUGAGUCCUGAGAUGGAGCAGCAGAUGAGGAACAUACAGCAGCAGGAACUCAGCAAACUCCUUCGAGAGGCUGGGAACCAGGAGCAGCAGCUCAGCAACCUGCUUUCCAGAGACCGCAUCAGCCCUGAGGGUCUUGAGAAGAUGGCACAGCUGAGAGUAGAGAUGCUGCAGCUGUAUGAACGAUGCAUCCUCAUGGAUAUUGAGUUCUCCGAUAACCAGAAUGUGGAUCAGCUGCUCUGGAAGAACGCCUUCUAUCAGGUGAUUGAGAAAUUCCGUCAGCUCCUCAAAGAUCCACUAGUGGAGAACGCGCAGGAAAUUCGGAACAAACUGCUUCAGCUCCUCGAUGAGGGCACUAUUUUCUUUGACAAUUUGCUUCCGAAGCUGCAGGUGUCAUACCAGUUCAAACUGGAGGAUUAUAUGGAUGGGAUGGCCAUUCGCAGCAAGCCCUUGCGGAAGAUGGUGAAGUACGCGCUGAUCAGUGCCCAGAGGUGUAUGAUUUGCCAAGGGGACAUUUGCAGGUACAGGGAGCAAGCGAAUGACACAGCAAACUAUGGGAAAGCACGCAGUUGGUAUCUGAAGGCUCAGCACAUUGCCCCCAAAAAUGGCCGUCCAUACAAUCAGUUGGCUCUGCUGGCUAUCUACACGAGGAGGAAGCUGGAUGCUGUGUACUAUUACAUGCGCAGCCUGGCUGCCAGCAACCCCAUCCUCACAGCCAAAGAGAGUCUCAUGAGCCUGUUUGAAGAGACAAAACGCAAGGCUGAGCAGAUGGAACAGAAGCAGCAUCAGGUGCUGGAACUGAGCCCUAGCCGAUGGGGGAAGGGCAAGAAGUCCACAUUCCGACAAGUUGGAGAUGACGCCACUCGGCUGGAGAUCUGGAUUCAUCCCUCCCACCCCCGCUGCUCCCAUGGCCAUGAAUCCAGCAGAGAAUCUGAGCAGGACAAUGGUCUUGGGAACCUCAGCCCCAGUGAUCUGAACAAAAGGUUCAUCCUCAGUUUUCUCCAUGCCCAUGGGAAGCUGUUUACCAGGAUUGGGAUGGAAACGUUCCCUUCCGUGAUAGAGGAGGUCCUGAGGGAGUUCCAGGUGCUGCUGAAGCACAGCCCCCCUCCCAUCGGAAGCACCCGUAUGCUGCAGCUCAUGGCUAUCAACAUGUUUGCGGUGUACAACUCCCAGCCCAAAGAGUGCCUCUCGGAGGACUGUCGCUCAGUGCUCCAGGAACAGGCCACGGCGCUGGGACUCUGCAUGUUUGCCCUGCUGGUGAGGCGCUGCACCAGCUUACUGAAGGAGUCUGUCCAAGCUUGGCCCCAGGAAGCAGAGCAGGCCGAAGAGGAUGAUAUCAAGGUCUCCGCCUUGCCCCAGGAUCUGAAGGAGCUCCUCCCCAGCGUGAAAGUCUGGUCGGACUGGAUGCUCGGCCAUUCAGACACCUGGAACCCCCCUCCCACCUCUCUCGAGCUGCCCAAACAGGUUUCAGUGGACGUGUGGGCGACACUGGCCGACUUCUGUAACAUACUGACCACAGUGAAUCAGUCAGAGGUGCCAUUGUACAAGGACCCUGAUGAUGACCUUUCCCUGCUCAGCCUGGAAGAGGAUCGGCUCCUUUCAGGCUUUGUCCCCCUUCUGGUCGCCCCCCAGGAGCCCUGCUACGUGGAGAAAACCUCGGACAAGGUUAUUGCAGCUGACUGCAAGAGGGUCACAGUUCUGAAGUAUUUCCUGGAAGCCCUUUGUGGACAAGAAGAGCCUUUGCUGGCAUUCAAGGGUGGAAAAUAUGUGUCAGUGGCACCCGUCCCAGACGCCAUGGGAAAGGAAAUGGGAAGCCAAGAGGGAAAACAACUGGAAGAUCAGAAGGAGGAUGACUUGAGGAUUGAGGCGUUUGAAGAUGAUUCUGAGGCUGAAGUCAGUGGAGAAGAGUUUGACAUCAGGGAACUCAGAGCCAGGAAGCAAGCACUGGCCAGGAAAGUAGCUGAGCAGCAGCGUCGUCAGGACAAGAUUCAGGCUGUGCUGAAGGAUCAGAGCCAGAUGCGACAGAUGGAGCUGGAGAUCAGACCUGUCUUCCUGGUACCAGACACCAACGGCUUCAUCGACCACCUGAACAGCCUGAAGAGACUGCUGGAGUGGCGGAAGUUCAUCCUGGUGGUGCCCCUGAUUGUGAUCAAUGAGCUGGAUGGCCUGGCCAAGGGCCCAGAGCUGGAGCAUCGGGCCGGGAGCCAUGCCCGCCUGCUACAGGAGAAAGCCAGGAGAUCCAUUGAGUUCCUGGAGGAGCGCUUUGAGAAUCGCGACAACUGCAUGAGGGCUCUGACUAGCCGAGGCAACGAGCUUGAGUCCAUCUCCUUCCGCAGUGAAGACACCACUGGCCAGCAGGGCAACAACGAUGACCUGAUUCUGUCCUGCUGUCUCCAUUACUGCAAUGACAAGGCCAAGGACUUCAUGCCCACCAACAAAGAUGAUCCAAUCCGUCUGCUCAGAGAGGUGGUGCUGCUCACAGAUGAUCGGAACCUGCGUGUCAAGGCACUGACCCGGAACGUGCCUGUGCGAGACAUUCCCACCUUUCUGAAGUGGGCCCAAGAGGGCUGAGCAGGUGUGACUGAGGAGGAGAUGUCCCCGCGUGAAUGACGCAGCGUGUUGCUGGUGGGAGAAUGGCUUUUGAGGCAGCCCUGCACCACCAUCACUGCCUCCCAACCCAUCAAUGAACAAUAAACACCACGUCUUCAAACCCACCCGCGAAAGGCCAUGCUGCAAAGGGAAGGUCACUGCUGUGGAUGGGUCUUGCGGAAGCUAGGACUCUGUGGGUUGCCAUGGUCUUUGGGAAGAGUGGGGCAGCAGAGCAGGAGGGCACUGGUCCCUGGGGGGAACUUUGGGCUAGCCCUAUUGCCAGUCUCAGCCUCUUGCUCGUCAGCGUCCUUGAUUGGAGAGAGCUCCCUUUGGAGGUCAGUGUUCUCCUUGGACUUGUGCUUUGAGCGGGCCAGAGAGCCUGGGGAAUGGGAACCUCCUGUCUGCUAACUGGCUACGGAAAGGGGGAGGGACCUGGCAUUGUGGCAAUUCCUGCUAGCGGUUUCCAGAGGGGCGUGUGUUCCUGCUGGAGCCCUGGCUGCGCCCCCUGAGACAUUGUGAAUGUGGAGGUCAGGGUCUGUCCUGCUCUCUCGGGCCAUUUUGCUCACACCUUGGCUUUUCCUCUCCGCUUGUCUCAAUUCCUUCAUCUGUCCACUUCUGUGGCAGCUCGUGUUAGUGCCCCUGAUUUGAGCCCUGCUGCAGCUGGGCCAGCAUAUCAGCCCCAUCACUUCCCAACAGCGGAGCCUGGCUGGAUGUAAUGUAUAUUGGCUCAUUUUCCCCUUCUGAAGAUGCUCUGGUCCCCUCUCCAGUUGGGGGGCAGCAGGUUCUGCUCUGAGAACAUCACCUCAAGCUUUGGGUGGCCUGUUGCUAAGGUUCCAGUGCUGCUUUCACGCAAAGGAAAAGCAUUAAAUACCCAGGCAGCAUUGUUCCAUGCUUGCUUCUGUCCCUCUGCCACACAUACUCCUGAGCCCUCUGCCCCAUAUACCUCCUGAGCCCCCUGCUCUGCCCCCUGCCCCAUCCACCCUCUGCCCCAUAUACCUCCUGAACCCCUUGCUCCGCCCCCUGCCCCACACACCCUCUGCCCCAUAUACCUCCUGAGCCCCCUGCUCUCCUCCCCCAUACCAGAUACACACCCUUAGAUCCUGCCCCACCCUCCCUGCCUCUUGUCAUGUUUGUAACCUGCUCUUAAGGCUUUGACAUUACAAUAAAACUCUCCAUUGAGUCACCCUGAGAUCACGACAGGCCAUGCUUUGGGGUCCUGAGGGAACUCUCAGGUGCUCACUUUCCCAGGGGCUGUCAUAUGGGGCCAGAAGGACCCAGGAGAAGGUGAAUUAUUCCUGUGGCCAGAGGGCAGAAGCAGCUGGGCUGGGCAACAGCUAACAAGACCCUGACACUGAACUGCCAAUGGUUGCUGCUUGAGCAGCUUUGCAAGGCCUAAUUGCCCCUUCAGCAUGGAUGGGGAGCCCUUGAGCUGACCCCAUUGCCCUGUCGUCUGCCUCAUUGAGCCUUGUCAGACAGCAUCCUCUCCAGAGUGGAAAGGGUCCCACAGUGCCUGGCGUUGGUGCCGGUUUCUGGUGCUGCUGGGCAAGUGCAGACCAGAGAGGGCCACGCAGCUGUGGCUGAGCUCUGUCUCCUCCAUGGAGCCAGCCCUCCUAGUCUGAGACCGAGCCCUAGUGGGGCGCCCCAGGGGGCAGAGGCUGAGGGAGCUGUAGUCACCUCCAAGCUCCUGCAGCUAGGCCAGGCCUCUGCAGAACAGCCCAGGGAGCUCUUGGCCAGGCAGGUACCCAGCACCUUAAGGAAGGUGCAAUGUUGCCCUCUCUAGGGACUUAGCUGUACUCCCAGGCCUUCCCCACGCAGGGCCAGCAUCUCUGCAGGAGCCCAGGGUGCGAAGGGCCCUGUGGGAGGAGUGGAUGGAGCCUGGAGAGGGAGGCAGCAGGACUGAAGCCAGCGGUUGGUUUUUGCCAGUGAGGCUGCUCCUGACUGCUCAGCCCGGGGGGAGGGGGACAGUGCUCUCUAUGGCCUCCCUCAGGAGAGGGAGGCAGCUGCUUCACUGGCAGACGGGGGGAUUCUCUCGCCACCAGCAGCUCAUCCACCCCUUCCCCAGGGGCUGCCUCACCUGGGACCUUGGUAUGGGACGGGGUGGGGCUCAGGGCUGAGCCCCCAGGCCCUGCUGUGCAGAUUACAGAUGCUGGGACAGCCUGAGUCUUGCGUGCUCACAAACCAGUGCUAGCCAGGUGCUUUGCAAAGGGCCUCACAGCCUCACUACAGACCCUGACUUCCUGUCACAGUUUGCUCCGGGGUGGCUAGGCGACAGAAGGAGGCACCUGGGCUGGGUGACGAGCCCAUGGACCAAGGUGGGGCUGCAGAGCAGGUCUGUGACACGCAGAGCAGUAAGGCCGGUACUGUCCCACUACAGCUGCCGGGGAGGUCUCCAAGCCAGUGCAUGCCUGCUGGUGCGCUAAAGGAACUCAAGCUGGAGCCACUGCCGCCUGCCACUGGACACCCAACCCAGGACCUUAGGACUAAACUGUGCCGAAGCCACCGUCCCCAGCCAAGGAACCGCCUGAGGAUGCUGCUGGUGUGAUCUGUGCAAGGAGCUGGGGCAGGCUGGCCUUCGCUCUAAGCGACGUUUGCGCAUUUGCUUUUCCCUAAACCGGGCUGUAUUUGAAACGUUUCUUCUGACGAACCUGCUGAACUCUGCCAUUGAACGGCCCCUGCUGAGCCAGCGUCAGGAGAGAGCUGGCCAGCCGACAGCCCAGGAAAGCUUUCCAGUGAAAGGGACAGUCAGCUCCAGCGUGGACACACCGUGUCCUCCCCUGGCGCCCCGUUGAUGGAAGGACUUGCCCCCACCAUCUCCCCUGGACACUGCUGGCGCCAGCUGCUGCUUCUCAGAGAUGUGUCCACUGACUGCAGGAACUGCUCUGGAACAUGACUGGACUGAGUGCUGGUAGCAUGAUCCACUGUGGGCACGUGAAUGAGCAGCCUGAUGCAAGCACACGCUAAUGACAGUCUGGAGGGAGCUCCUGCUUCCCCCAGGGCUGCUGGCUGCUCCCUGUGGCUGGGUGCUGGCUUUACUCCAUCCCUGCCCUUUGGCUCCCAUGUGACUCUCUCGUGCCCACGAGGCCUGGCCAGGCCUCAGGGUGAUGGCCAUGAGUUGUGUUGCUUUGUUAAGAUGUUUUCUUAAUAAGUUUUUCCUACCAAA